GAGGACCCAGAGCCCCCACACAUUAAACAGGACCAGGAGGAGCUGUGGAGCAGUCAGGAGGGAGAGCAGCUUCAAGGUCUGGAGGGGGCUGAUAUCACCAAGUUCCCAUUCACUCCUGUCCCUGUGAAGAGUGAAGAUGAUGAAGAGGAACCUCAGUCCUCACAGCUUCAUCAAAGACUAACUGAACAGAUGGAAACAGAAGCUGAUGGAGAGGACUGUGGAGGACCAGAACCAGACAGGAACUCACAUCCAGAUACACAUUUACAACCAGACCCCGAGGACAAGACUGGAGAGUCUUUCAUAGCUGAGAUUGAAGUCAGUAUUGAUGAUUGGGAGGAGACCAGAGAACCUCAGUCAGGUUUGAACUGUUACAAUAACAAUGUCAGUGAUUUGAGAUGUAGUGCUGGAGAGAAACCAUUUAGCUGCUCUGAUUGUGAUAAAAGAUUUGCCCUAAAAGGAAAUCUGAAGGUACACAUGAGAUCUCAUACAGGAGAGAAACCAUUCAGCUGCUCAGUUUGUAAAAAAUCCUUCACACAAGGUGGACAUUUACGGAGACACAUGAUUACUCACACAGGAGAGAAGGCAUUCAUUUGCGCAAUGUGUGGUAAAGCUUUCAGAGAAAGUGGACAUCUGAAGGGACACAUAAGAACGCAUACAGGAGAAAAACCAUUCAGUUGCUCAGUGUGUGGUAAAGCUUUCAGUGAAAGUGGAAAUCUGAAAGGACACAUGAGAACUCAUACAGGGGAAAAACCAUUCAGUUGCUCAGUGUGCAGUAGAGCCUUUAGUGAAAGUGGACAUCUGAAAGGACACAUGAGAACUCAUACAGGAGAGAAACCUUUCAGCUGCUCAGUGUGUGGUAAAUCUUUUAGUGAAACUUUACCUUCAGGUGUACGAAAAGUGAUCAUUGGUGAAGAGGAGCAGCAGGAGUGGAGCUCCAGUGACCAGGAGGACCUAGAGCCCCCACACAUUAAAGAGGAGCAGGAGGAGCUGUGGAGCAGUCAGGAGGGAGAGCAGCUUCAAGGUCUGGAGGAG